GGGCCCGAGCCAGUCUCUAAAGCCAAGCGGCCGCCCGCUCCGGGGCUGGUGCUUCCGACCGCUGCGCGCCGCUGCUCCGGGGCUGUCGCAGUCUCCCGUUGCCGCCGUCAUGUCCCGGCAGCUGUCGCGGGCCCGGCCAGCCACGGUGCUGGGGGCCAUGGAGAUGGGGCGCCGCAUGGACGCGCCCACCAGCGCCGCAGUCACGCGCGCCUUCCUGGAGCGCGGCCACACCGAGAUAGACACCGCCUUCGUGUACAGCGACGGCCAUUCCGAGACCAUCCUUGGCGGCCUGGGGCUUGGGCUGGGCGGCAGCGACUGCAGAGUGAAAAUUGAUACCAAGGCCAAUCCACUGUUUGGGAACUCCCUGAAGCCUGACAGUCUCCGGUUCCAGCUGGAGACGUCACUGAAGCGGCUGCAGUGUCCCCGAGUGGACCUCUUCUACCUGCACAUGCCAGACCACAGCACCCCGGUGGAAGAGACGCUGCAUGCCUGCCACCAGCUGCACCAGGAGGGCAAGUUUGUGGAGCUUGGCCUCUCCAACUAUGCUGCCUGGGAAGUGGCCGAGAUCUGUACCCUCUGCAAGAGCAACGGCUGGAUCCUGCCCACUGUGUACCAGGGCAUGUACAACGCCAUCACCCGGCAGGUAGAAACGGAACUCUUCCCCUGCCUCAGGCACUUUGGACUGAGGUUCUAUGCCUUCAACCCUCUGGCUGGGGGCCUGCUGACUGGCAAGUACAAGUAUGAGGACAAGGAUGGGGAACAGCCUGUGGGCCGCUUCUUUGGGAAUACCUGGGCAGAGUUGUACAGGAAUCGCUACUGGAAGGAGAACCACUUCGAGGGCAUUGCCCUGGUGGAGAAGGCCCUGCAGGCCGCGUAUGGUGCCAGCGCCCCCAGCAUGACCUCAGCCACCCUCCGGUGGAUGUACCACCACUCACAGCUGCAGGGUGCCCACGGGGACGCGGUCAUCCUGGGCAUGUCCAGCCUGGAGCAGCUGGAGCAGAACUUGGCAGCGGCAGAGGAAGGGCCCCUGGAGCCGACUGUCGUAGACGCCUUUAAUCAAGCCUGGCAUUUAGUUGCUCACGAAUGUCCCAACUACUUCCGCUAGGCCCAUCGUUUCUCAGGUUGCCCAAGGCUCUUCUGUAACCUCUUUUGUUACUCACAUUUUCUUUAAUUUAGAACUGCCUCAGUAAAUUCUUAGGGAUGGAAGUAUUUGGACAAAUACCUAACAGAAGAGUCACCACCAAAUGAAGAAUGAAACCUCCCAGGG